AUGAAAUAUUUCCUUAAUAUUCUGUCAUUUUUGGUUUUAAUACCAAAAUGGCUAUGGAUAAUAUUAAUCCUGUUACCAAGUCUCAAAUACCUUCUUUAUAUCUUAACUGGUAUUAAUAUAACGUAUUUUAAUCCAAUAAAAUUUAAAUUCGGGUUUGUUUACAAAGAUAUUAUUGAAGUUAAAAAUAUUCAAAUAAUUUUGUUACAAAGGAAAAUUGUGGUUAGUGGUUUGAAUAUCAAUAAACUUCCACAUAAUAAUGAUAAUAAUAAGCUUGCACCUAAAAUUAAAUUAUUUGAUGUGGGAAAUGAUGAUAUAGUACCCAAGACAAAAAAAUUGAUUAAUGAAAUUAUGGUACCUCAGUGGGUAACAAACCAUUAUACCAUACUGAAAUUUUUGUUUGAUGAUUUCAGAUUGGCAUUGAAUCAUAUAUAUGUCAAAGAAUCAAAUUUUAACCUGGUAGUGCUUCUUUUUAUAAUUACAUUUUCUGAAACAAAAUUAUCUACUAACUCCACUACUACCACAAAUAAAAUUAGUCAAGAUAAAACAGUUUGUUUUGAUAUUUUAAUUAGAGGUGCAAAUUUGGAUAAUGAAAAUGUUUGUACUGAAUUAUAUUUAACGUUGAAGAAUAAAUUAUUCUUUCAACCUAUAAAGGGUUCUAAUAAAUCCAUUAUAGCUUUUAAUGACACUAUCUUAGAUAUGAAAUUUGGAAAAUUGUUGUUGCCAAUGAAACUUUUGAACUCUUUAAAAAAGGACGAUACUACUGAAAAUAAUAGAAUAUGUAAACCUGCUUUAAAAGUUGAAAAGAAAGUAUUACAAAUAAUUCAAAAAUUAACAGAAAUAUACACAUUUACAUCUUUGAUUGAAGAAAUUAAUAUAACUAUGGAUAGAUUGAUUAUGAAGGAUUAUGGUUUAACUACUAAUAAAAGAAUUAUAGAAGUUAACAAUUUUUUAAGUUACCAUAUAUGUGCUUCCAAUUUAACAUUUAAUAUGUCUCGUUUCAAGCCCGGAAUGCCUGGUUAUCAAUUGAUUUUCAAAGAUAACGAUACCCCAUUAAAACUAAGUUUGACUUUAUCUCGCUUUAAUAUUUGUUUAUGUAUGAAAAGACAAUCUGCUGCUGAUAGAAAAUUAGUAAAAUUCCUUGAAAUUCCAAGUAUCUAUUUGUUCGGUGAAACCAACAUUUUCUCUCAAAAAUUUAAACAUGAUUAUGGCAAUACAAUUGAAAACGGUAUUUUGAAUUUAAAGGGUAAUAUAUCAUCACCAACUUUUGAAAUUGAUAUUAUAAAUCUAUCAUUUUUGAAAUCAUUUAAAAAGAACAUUAAAGUUUUUAAACAAGUUUUUGAUGACCCAGUUAAAGUUACUUGUGGUGAUGAUAAAACCAAAUCAUAUCAGAGAAAUAUCAUGCUUUCAUUUUUCAAAAGUUUCUUACCUUUAAUUAAUAUGAAAAUUACUGUUGAUGAACCUCGUUUUAUCAUUAAUGAUAAUGAAGAUGUAAUAAUUAUGCGGCUUUGCACUCUAUUGAUUAUUGGCACCUCAAGCAGAACUCUUUGUGAUUCUGAAGGAAAUUGCAAAGAGAUUCCAUUAAUCAGUAAUAACGAUAUUCACAUAUAUAAAGAAGAUGCAAUUGUCUAUGAAUCUCAUCUAAAUUUCGAACUAUUAGAGUUGCAGAUGCAACAUCAGGUUAGAGGUAAGUCAUAUAAAAACAUUUUUUUCAGACUCAAGAGUUUGACUUUACAAGACUAUAUUAAGAUGAAUCCACAACAUAUCAUUGCAUUAUCAGGUACAUUGGAUGGUUUAGAUAUAGAUUUAUCUGAAUUACCCACUAUGGUCAUGUUGAAUCAAAUUGUCAAAAAAUUAGAUUGUCAAAUGGCAAAUGUGGAGCGUAACUAUUUUAAACUAUUAUAUGAGAAAUUUGCCUCCAAGAUAAAAACUUCUGAAGACAAAUGUUCUUUGCUAAGUAGAACCUUUGAAGAGGAAGCUAUUGACCCUGGUUCAUUUUUAUUUCAAGCUUUACCUCAAUUUUUUGAUUAUUUUAAGAUCGACAUAAAAAGUUUUAAAAUUUUACUAGGGGCUCGGUCUGUUUUUAUGCCUCCUGAUGUUUUUUCAUCAAUUGAAUCGCAAAGUUCACAUGAUUUAGUGGAUGGUAGAUUAAGAAAAUUCUGCGUCACAAUGAACCAAUUGGAAAUGGCUCUUUCAGGGAAUUAUACACAGUGGAAAAAUAAAUAUGACAAUACAUAUAUUGGUAUGGUUAAAAGUGGAGAAAUAUCAACGUAUAGACACUAUGAUACUGAUUCGUUGGAUGAUAUUUCUACUAAUGAAUCAACAGAAGUCGGUUAUUUAUGGUCGUUUAAUAUAUUAGUUGAUGACAUCACAUGUACGGUUAUAGGUGAUGCACCAGAUUCAACAAAUGAAUUGACUGCUAGAACUGUUUCUAGAUUGUCUGUCUUAUCUGUAAUGGUUUAUCCAAGUGUUGAAGGAUUUGAAACUAACCAAUCUAAAAAAAUUAUUGUACAAAUUAGCAAUAAAAAAGUGAAGUCUGUACUAUCUUUAAUGAAUAUUUUUCUUGUAAUUUCGGGUAUUCAUACAUUACAUCAAAUUUUCCGUAUUUCAUGUGUUAAAAGUAAUCACGAGUCUCUGGCUAAAAAAUAUCUAAUGGCUAUUGCUCAAAGCCAAAAAAAAUCAUGUUUGAGGUUAAUAAAGUGGAAAGAUAUAUCGUCCUAUCUUGACAUUACAUUUGGUUCAGAAACAUUUAAUCAAAUACUGUCGUUUCCAAAUGGAUUAAGGGCAAAAAUUGAAUUAUUUGCAUUUUUUAUGAAUAUUAAAAAUAUAAACAAUAUUGAACUUACUGGUGAAUAUUUAAGAAUGUGUGUUGAAUCGCCAACCAUACCUUCUUUAUGGGAAAGAUUUAUAUUGAUCAAUAAGUUUUUAGUAAAGACAAAGAUUAAUGAAUUAAAGGCACAAAGAGAUAUGACUUAUGAAAAAGCUGUUUUUUCUUCUCCAUCCAUACUUCUUCAAAAUGAAUCCUGGCAUUUGUCUGUACCACACAGUUUUGAACUUCAUAAAUUGAUUGAUAAUUUUUCUACCGUAAUUAAAACUCUAAGGCAAAUGGUAUAUAGUUUUAAGACUUCCAAAAAUAAUCUAGUAAUUUUUCCAAGUGAAACAUCAGGUAAUGCUGUGCCAAAAAUUAAAUUAAAAUCCAAUAGGUAUAUAAUGAGUAUUAUGGAUGAUCCUUUUGAAGCGGAAUUAAAUAUGAUUUUCCAAAUAGGCUUACAAGAACAAAGAGAGAGGUUAGUAAAAAUACGCGAAUUUGAUGAUUUAUCAUUAAAAAAGUUGAGAACACUUUAUACCAUAGAUACUAAAAGAGAUGAAACGGUUAGUGAAGUAAUUAAAAAAAAAAGAUUACAAAUACUUAACUAUAAUCGUGCAAAUGGACAAAAGAAAACUUUUAAUGAACCGUUGAUCAAGACAUCAUUUAAUAUUGAUGGAAAAGCUAACGAUAGGCGGACUAAUUUGCUAGGAGCCAUAACAGAGGAAAUCGAACAAUAUUAUGACAAACUUCAGGCAAAUAUAUCUACAUCAUGGAUUAGGAGAAUACAAUCCUUUCGUUAUAAAGAAAAAGCAUUAUUUGAAAAAAAUUUCUCAUUUAUAUGGGGAAAUAUCGACUACAGUGUACUUCCACAAAAUGUGUCUCAAAAAUUAUUGGAUUUCUCGACUUAUCCCUUUUUAUCAACAUUAAUUAUGGAAGAUAUUAAUGUUGAUAUAUGUAGACCUUCCUGUGGAAUGGAAAACAUUUCAAAUUUUAUCUAUAAUGUUGGUAAGGGAGUCCCUAAAGACACAAAGUAUUCAAUCAUGAUUCCUUUUAAUAUCAAUGCAUGUUUUUCUGAAAUUAGAUGGCAUAUGCGUGAUUAUCCAUUGCCGUUUAUUAAUAUUCCACCUUUGUUACCUAGUCAAUCUCGAGAAAAAUGCACUUUGCAAAUUGCAGGUGAUAUAAUUAUUGCAGAAGAUAUGAUUCAAUCAGAUCAUGAAUUGAGGACAAUCUUCGUUCCAUUAGUUCCUUCCAUUGUUAUGGAAAAUACAGACGAAUAUUAUUCAUUGAAAGUUCCAAGAACUGUGACCAGUAUCAAAUUUUUUACUGAUUUAAAAUUUAAUAUUUACACAAAAGAAACGACACAGGUACAAGUAGGUGGUUCAUACCAACCUGCAAUUCAACAAACAAUGCAAUGCUUAGAAAAUAUUUCGAAACCACCGUUAGACCCUUCAAAAAAAACAGGGUUUUGGGAUAAAAUUAGAUACUUGUUUCAUGGAAGAAUUCAAAUUUCAUGGCCUUGUGGUGGUCAUUUUGAGGUUGUUAUGAAAGGUAGUAAAAGUCCAUAUAAGAUUGGUGGGGAUGAUGCAGGUUUUGUUUUAGGAUUUGGAGGAAAUGUUGUGUUAAAUGUUAAUAAGAAAGAAGACCCAAAAGAAUUCUUAUCAUGCACAGCUGACCAGCUGUAUUUUGGUAUUCCAAACUUCUUUGCAAAGCCUCUACUUGUCUGGUUUAAACCUUCAACUAAUAAAAUAUUUAUCCCAAGCCAGGAAAAUACUAACAUGCAAAGAUUUGCAUCAUAUUAUUAUAUGUUUGAUUUAAGAAAGAAAAAGGAUGAAAUAAUGCAGAUCAAUGCUUUUAAGGAUGCAUAUAUAGAAAAGACGGCUAUUAAAUUAACAGGUGGAAUCAUCUUUAACUUGGGAAUGGUUUUUGAACGUAUGGUUGGAAGCACAUCUUUCAAUAAUAGAACUUUUGAUUCAAAGCCUCAUUAUGACAUUAGAUUGACCAAUCCUAUCUAUGUUGCAAAUUUAGAGCAACAUGACUCUUAUGCUGGAUUCAGAAGUGAAUUCAUUCACAUGUCUUUUACUUUAUUAUCGAAAACAGAUUCUGCUUAUAAUGCUAUGCAACUAAGUCCUGCAACGUUAGACAUUUUUUUUAAAUGGUGGAAAACUUUUUCAGGCAAUUUUCCUGUUAGACGUGGGAAAUUGUUUAAUAUUCAAAACAAUGCUCCAAAGUUCGGGGAACACAUAUAUAGUAUUUCUUAUCAUACAGAUACUAGACCUUUGUUUAUUUCAUACAUGGUUCAUAAUGUUGAUGCAGAUCGUGUUUUAAGAAAAAAUUUUUUAAGCUCUAUUGAAUAUGUUGGGUUAAAAGGCAAGACAGGCCAGUUUGUUAUGGAUUUACAUCAAAGGAAGGAACUUUUGACAACUUAUAAUCCUACAUUAGGUGUCAGAAAGAGAAUAAAAAAGUUAAAAUUUCAUGAAGGUAAAAUUAUUAUGAAUAAUAUCGACGUUCGUACCGUACAUGGUAAAUUCCGCAGAUUGCAAUAUAUUGAAGAAAAAGAAGAUGCAAAAUAUGACAUAUUUGAUAAUGAUAUGGCAUGGAUUGAUCUCACUGAUUUCCAAGAACCGUUUUUUGUUGAUAUUUACAAGUACUUACCAUACAUUUAUGUCAGGCCAUUUGUAUUUGCUCCUAAUUUCAUGUAUGACAAAUCAGCAAGUUUUGGCGAUUCAUAUCAGUUGGAUCCAGUCACAUAUAAGCCAAUUAAACCAUUUAUUAACUCUGUCUCACAUAAUUGUGUUUUAAAUGAAGAGAUGGGAAUAACUACAAAUAUGAUUAUAACAAGAAUUCAAAGCUUGAAAAAAUAUAAAACAACUGUUGAGAAACAAUUGUCUGUAACAACAGAUACUGACAAGAAACAAAACUAUGGAAAUUUAUUGCAAAGGGUACAAAUUGGUUUAAAGAACUUAGAGUUAUUGGCAGAUGAUUUUAAUACAUUAUGCAACAAACGUCAUGGUGCGUUAGAGGAUGGUAGGGCAUAUAAUAUUAGAAGUAUGCAAAUACUUGAUAGAUCCAUUAAAUCAAAAAGUUUAUUUGAUAAUAGAUUUUAUAUUUAUCAUAUGCUAUUAAAGUGGAAUGAAAACAUUAGAAAUGUGUUAUUGAAAUUUUUCCAUUAUUUAACUUUAGCUAAUGGAUUUACCUCAUUGUCAUCUAGAAAAAGCUUUAGAAUGUUUGAAGAUCUAAUUAAACAGAAAAUAUAUGAGAAAGAAAAAGAAGAGAAGACUAAUGAUGAAUCAACUUUCAAUAAAUCUGCAAAUAGCAUAAAUACAAUAAAUGGAGAAUCUAACGAAUCCUUUUCCUUUUCUGGCAAGCGUAAAUCUGAUGAAGAUCAAGCGUUUGAUAUUAAUUAUAAUGAUGACCUUGAUUUGACCGAAAAUUGUAUUAAAUUACUUGAAGAUAAAAUUCUUCAUUUACCCGAGACUGUUGACGGAAUUAUUCAUAGGAACAAUUUUAUUCAAUUUGUUAUUCCACAAGUUCAGUUAACCACUGAGGAGGACCCUGAUUCAUGUAUUAUUGUUACUGCACCAAAUAUUAUUAAUAAAAUGAUAUCCUUUGAACCGAAGAACGAUGAUGUGAAUAUUUAUUAUGAAGAGAGGUUUUUGAAAAGAUUUGGUUGUAUUGUUAAUAAUGCAAACAUUUUUGUAUUGGAUAGAAAGAAAUAUAAAGAUAAGUCUGCCUUAUUUUUUGAUUUGAAUUCGUAUGGUCAAGUUAAGGGUGCUGAGUGGCCACCAUGGUUAGGUGUUGAGUUAACCUUUCAAAACGAUCUAUUAAGUGAGGCUAAAGUAAUUAGUGAUGUUACUACAGUGGUGCAAUCACAAACACUUUUACCUCUUUCUAAUAAUUAUGAAAAAAUUAGGAAGUCAUUAGAGGAUAAAUUAACCAUCCAUUUGCCACGCGUUUUCUUAACGAUUACAUCAAAGAAUUUUUCGAUAUUGUACAAAAUAUAUCGAAAUUUAACCAAUUAUGAAGAACCAGAAAAGAAAGAAUUAAAUAGCCAAAUCGAUAAAAUGGCUAUUGGAUUUAAUUUUAAUAAUUACGAAACGAUACUUGAAUCGGUGAAAUUACUUUAUGAUAAUUAUGAUAUAUUGACAUGUUUGGAAAAAGAGUUUUCAUUUAGAAGACAUACUUUGGAUGAUAUAUCGAGUAUUGAUUUUUCUAAUAUUCACAACGAAAGAAAGAAUCAUUUAUUAAGGUUAUAUAUGUUGUAUCAAGUAUUGGAGACUGGGAAGACAGGGAGUAAAAUUACUAAUUAUGAUGAAGAUAAAUGGCAUAUUCUAAGGGUUAAAAUCAAUGAAAUUCGUUUAAAAUUAUUAGACAAUAAUAGAAACGAUUUUAUUGAUAUUAAUGUUAAUAAAUUGAUAUUUAAGAAAUCCGAUAAUAUUAAUGGAUUGGUGAAAAAUCAGAUAUAUGUUGAGACUAUGGAGGUUUUGACAUUGGAAAAUAAUUCUAAGUAUGAGUAUUUGUUGAGACCAUACGAGCACAAUAAAAUAUUGAAGACAUGUAAACUUACAUUAAAAGGAUGUGUUAAGAAUGAGUUACAGAGAGAACGAAUUGAUAAUCCAUUGGUAAAUAUUGUGUGGGAAUAUGAAACCCCAGUGGGUGGUAUUAAAGUUAUCAAUAAUGUUAAUGUAUUAUUAUCUGCUUUAAAGAUCCAGAUAGAGGAUGAGAUGGUCACAAAGGUAGUGGCAUGGUUAAAUAUUAAUAGUAUUAGUGACGGAUUGAAGGAAUUACGUGGUAAAGAUGUCACAGUAGAUGAUAAUAACUUAGAUAAGAAAUUUAUUGAGUGGAACCAAAAGGAUGACACAAGAUUUGUCAAUAAGGGAGUGAAUAUUACACAAUUGCGACAAGAAAAUGGAUUAAACACCGAACUGGAUGAAAUGGUGGAAAGGUCAAUGAAUUAUAUGAUUAUUGAGAAGUUAGUUGUUAAUCAGUUUAAGUUAAACAUAUCGUAUCAUGGGCAUGGUAAGAAACGACUAAUCAAUGUGACAGACUUUUUGUUUACAUUCCCAAAAGUAAUGUUUGAGAAUGAAGUUAUGAAAUUCAUUGAUAUAAUCCAUGUUUUAAGAAAAACACUCAUACGCGUUAUAUUGAAACACACGGGUAAAUUUUUAGGUACUAAACUGAAACGACGUCCAACUUCUAAAUUAAUUACUGCUAGUGAUGGAAAGAAAUCGAUACAAUCAAAAAUUCCAAGUACAUCCACAUUGGGAGAUAAUUCAUCAUCACUUGCACCUUCUGCUAUUACUGGAACUACUGCAAGUACUAGUACUAUUACUGAAGUAACCCCUUCUAAUAUAAAAGAUGUUCGAGAAGAAGAAAGAAAUAAUAAGAAAGGAAUGGCUGAAAGUAAGUUAGCAGAAAUCUGA